AUGGCAUUGAAGGAAUUUCCAAAAAUUGUCGACAUUAAGACUUACAUUGUUACUGAAAAGGGUAGUGGAGGUGACUACCACGACGUUGCCAAAGGUCACUGGCUUAUUGACAGUAAGAUUUCUACCCCAAUGACUAAAUUUCCAGAAUACAGAACUUCAAGAACCAGUUGGGGUAUCAAUGUUUUGGGAUCUUUUUGUGUGGAAAUCAUUGCUUCUGAUGGUACUACCGGUUUCGCAACUGGAUUUGGUGGACCACCAGGUUGUUGGUUAGUUAAGCAACAUUUCUGGAGAUUUUUGAAAGAUGAAGAUCCAAGAAACCUUAAUUCUAUUUGGGACAAACUCUUCAGAGCUUCCAUGUACUAUGGUAGAAAAGGUCUCCCAAUUGCUGUUAUCAGUGUGAUUGAUUUAGCCCUUUGGGAUUUAUUGGGUAAGAUUAGAAACGAGCCAGUGUACAAGAUGAUUGGAGGUGCUACUAGAGACAAAUUAGACUUCUACUGUACUGGAUGUGAUCCUGUAGCUGCUAAAAAGAUGGGAUUCUGGGGUGGAAAGGUUGCCCUUCCAUAUGGACCAGAUGAAGGAUUUGAAGGCUUAAGAAAGAAUGUUGCAUUUUUGAAAAAGCAUCGUGAAGACGUUGGCCCAGAUUUCCCAUUAAUGGUUGAUUGUUACAUGUCUCUUAAUGUUCAGUAUGCUAUUCAAUUGGCUGACGCUACUCAAGAUCUUAACAUCAACUGGUUUGAAGAAACUCUUCACCCUGAUGACGUUGAAGGUUACGCUUUAUUGAAGAGAGCUCACCCAAGAAUGAAAUGGACUACUGGUGAGCAUGAAUACACCAGAUAUGGAUUUAGAAAAUUGAUUGAAGGCCGUAAUCUUGACAUUGUUCAACCAGAUAUCAUGUGGGUUGGUGGUAUGACUGAAAUUCUUAGAAUUGCUGCUCAUGCUGCUGCUUAUGAUAUUCCAGUUGUUCCUCAUGCUUCUGGUCCUUACUCUUACCACUUUGUCAUUUCUCAACCAAACACCCCCUUCCAUGAAUAUCUUGCUAACUCCCCAGAUUCGAAGAGUGUUUUACCUGUCUUUGGUAAUCUUUUCCUCGAUGAACCAGUUCCCACAGAGGGAUACCUUAACACUUCCAUUUUGGACAAGCCAGGGUUCGGUCUUACCCUUAACCCUAAGAUUCAAUUGAUUGAAGGUGACGCCUUGUUCAACCCAACUCCAGAGAGACCCUUGAAGAUUGAACAAGAAAAGGAAGAGUAA